UGGGCUGACCGGGUUAUAAAACCUGAAAGGGUUCAUCCGGAGCCCACCAAAGAUCUUGAGGACGCCUGCGAGAAACUUCUCAAGGGUGAUCCUGUGACCGGGAAACCUUAUGCCUAUGGAGGCUGGGUAUUCCGGCUAUCUAAUCCGGAUGGGGUGAAUCUGCGACCCAUGACGCAGAAGAUGACCGGGCAAACUUCCCGGAUGGUCAUGCUGAGGCCAGUUCUCCUCGUCCAGGUUGAUUAUCCUCUCUUAAGCUUCUUAAUUUCAUUUUCUUUAUUUAUAUACAAGGCUCGAAAAAUAACCGGUCAUAUGUUGCUCUGCUCUUUUUCAGACAUGAACUUCAACAGGAUGACCACCAUCAUUGAGGAUGAUGACGAUGAUGUCCAAGUCCUCCAUUCCAACCGGUCUCCCAAUCGCAACCCUCCCUCCCCUCCUCAAAACAUUGGAGUUGAAGGGGCCUCAACUGCUCGGUGCUCUUCCUUUGACGACCUCAUUCGAGACAAACAGGUGAAGUCUCCCUCAGCCCUCCAUUUCUCUGAAGGCGACCGGGUUGAAUCCAAGCCCAAGGAGGCCAGCCAUUCUUCUUCCCGUGCUAAGGGCCAGAAAAGGAAGGGCUCCCAUAAGAGUUCCAAAGGAGACAGGAAGAAGAAGGUCAGGUUAUCAGAUACGGAGGGGGAGUCCAUCGAAGAAGCCUUCCUAUCCCUGGCCAAAAAACUCAGCAAGGCCGGGGUCAUUUCAGAAGAGAUUGGCCAAAGUCUGCUGGAGCCAAAAGACCAG